AUGUCGCACCUUUCCAACGCCAAAUUCACCGUGCCUUCGGGCGAUCAGAGUGUCCAGGUUCGAAUCAUUGAUUCGACUACUAGGAUUAACAACUUAAAAUUAGGGUUUCUCAUGGAACCUCCAAUGGAGGGGAUGGAAUAUAUGCUCCCCCUUCCUGCUUGGUCAUUCCUGGUCGAGCAUCCUUCGGGUCAAAAGAUUCUUUAUGAUCUUGGAGUUCCGAAAUAUUUGGACUCGUUUUCGCCGGCCAUCUGUGAACAUCUCGAACAGCAGGGAUGGAAAGUCGACGUCAAGGAAGAGGUGAUCGACAUUCUCGACAGAAAUGGCAUCGCUUCGAAUGAAAUUUCCGCCAUCAUCUGGAGUCACUGGCACUGGGAUCAUCUCGGUGACCCAUCACGAUUUCCUUCCUCCACUGACCUCAUUGUCGGCCCUGGUUUCAAGGCCGAGUUCCUUCCUGGUUAUCCAGCGAAGCCAGAUGCCGUUGUACGCGAAAGUGACUUUGCCGGACGAAACUUACGCGAAAUAGACUUCUCAAACUCUGUCCAAGUUGGCGAGUUCCGAGCUGUUGAUUAUUUCGGUGAUGGUUCAUUCUACAUCAUAGAUAGUCCUGGUCACACAGUCGGUCACCUUAGUGCAUUGGCACGCACCACGACCAAUCCCGAUACCUUCAUUUUCAUGGGAGGUGACCUCUGUCACCACAGCGGGGAAAUUCGGCCAUCGAAACAUCUCCGGAUUCCUGGCGAUAUUCAACCAAGCUUCACUACUCCCAUCUUAUUUCCCUGUCCCGGGGACUCGGUAUACGAGCAAUUGCUAGUCCGACGGACUGGUUCGGUGGACAAGCCAUUCUUCCGACCAGCCAUGGGGAAAGAUAUUGAACAGGCAAUAGAUACAAUUGAGAAAGCGCAGGUGGCUGAUGCAGACAGCAAUAUUUGGUUUAUAUAUGCUCAUGAUCGCAGCCUGUUGAAAUCUGUGGAUCUCUUUCCAUUGUCGGCUAAUGGAUGGAAGGAGAAGAAGUGGCGGGAGAAAUCACUAUGGGCUUUCCUCGACGAGUUUGAAACAGCGAUCAAACAGAUCUGA